AAUAAUGUCGGCCUAUAAGGGCGCAGGGAGCUGAAGGUAACCGAGGGGAGAGCGACCAAGUCCCGGGGAAGUCACUCACGGAGUCACCGUGAAAAACAUCAACAGCCGCCGCAAAAUGCCGAAUAAAACUAAAAAAGAGAAGGAGCCAACAAAAUCUGCUAAAAGCAGUUCAAAAAACAGCAACGUUAGCGGAGGAAAGGACGCCGCGACUGAAAAUUCAGAUGAGGCCCAGCAGCAGCAGACCGCCAGCAAGCGCCCCAGCAACAGCACUCCCCCGCCCACCCAGCUCAACAAGAUCAAGUACUCCGGGGGCCCGCAGAUCGUCAAGAAGGAGCGCCGGCAGAGCUCCUCCCGCUUCAACCUCAGCAAGAACCGCGAGCUGCAGAAGCUCCCCGCCCUCAAAGAUGCCCCGCCCAUCGACAGGGAGGAGCUGUUCGUGCAGAAGCUGCGGCAGUGCUGCGUGCUGUUCGACUUCGUCACCGACCCGCUCAGCGACCUCAAGUACAAGGAGGUGAAGCGCGCCGGCCUCAACGAGAUGGUGGAGUACAUCACGCACAACCGCGACGUGGUCACCGAGGCCAUCUACCCCGAGGCGGUCAUCAUGUUUUCAGUGAAUCUCUUCAGGACCCUGCCGCCAUCCUCGAACCCGACGGGGGCGGAGUUUGACCCCGAAGAGGACGAGCCCACCCUAGAAGCGGCCUGGCCGCACCUGCAGCUGGUGUACGAGUUCUUCCUGCGAUUCCUGGAGUCGCCCGAUUUCCAGCCCAACGUCGCCAAAAAAUACAUCGACCAAAAGUUUGUAUUAUCCCUCCUGGAGCUGUUUGACAGCGAGGACCCCAGGGAGAGGGACUUCCUGAAGACAAUCCUGCACCGCAUCUACGGCAAGUUCCUGGGCCUGCGAGCCUACAUCAGGCGACAGAUCAACAACAUAUUUUACAGGUUUAUAUAUGAAACGGAGCAUCAUAAUGGAAUCGCAGAGCUUUUAGAAAUCUUAGGAAGCAUAAUCAACGGGUUCGCGCUGCCUCUGAAGGAAGAGCAUAAGAUGUUCCUGAUCAGAGUGCUGCUCCCUCUGCACAAAGUGAAGUCUCUGAGCGUGUACCACCCGCAGCUGGCCUACUGUGUGGUGCAGUUCUUGGAAAAAGACAGCAGUCUAACCGAACCUGUGAUCAUGAGCCUGUUGAAGUUCUGGCCCAAGACACACAGCCCCAAAGAGGUGAUGUUCCUGAACGAGCUGGAGGAGAUCCUGGACGUCAUCGAGCCGUCCGAGUUCGCCAAGGUCAUGGAGCCACUCUUCCGGCAGCUGGCCAAGUGUGUGUCCAGCCCGCACUUUCAGGUGGCCGAGAGGGCGCUGUACUACUGGAACAACGAGUACAUCAUGAGCCUGAUCAGCGACAACGCCGCCCGCAUCCUGCCCAUCAUGUUCCCCGCCCUCUACAAGAACUCCAAGAGCCACUGGAACAAGACAAUACACGGGCUGAUCUACAACGCGCUGAAGCUCUUCAUGGAGAUGAACCAGAAGCUGUUCGACGACUGCACCCAGCAGUACAAGGCCGAGAAACAGAAAGAGAAGUACAAGCUGAAGGAGCGGGAGGAGACCUGGCACAAGCUCGAGGAGCUGGCCAAGCAGAACCCUCAGAUUACCAAGGUCCACCCUCCCCUCCACCCACAGGAAGAGUUCAUGAUGUACAAUGAGAGCUCGGUGGGGAUGCCCCUGUACUCCAUGGAAACGGAGACGCCCACCGCUGAAGACAUCCAGCUGCUGAAGAAGACCGUGGAGACCGAAGCCACCCAGGGGAUGAAGGAGCUGAAGAAGGACAAGGUGCUGAUGAGGAAGAAGUCGGAGCUGCCGCAGGACGUGUACACUAUAAAAGCCCUGGAGGCUCACAAGCGGGCCGAGGAGUAUCUGACGGCCAAUCAGGAAGCCCUCUGACCGGAGAGCAGUGCCUCCCUCCGCGCCCAGCUCACCCGCCUCUUUCCGUCCUAAAGUUGCCUGCUGUACCCCCCCCGCCCCCCCCCCUCGCCCAACCCCCAACCUCUAACCUCACCUCCCCCGUCCUGUCGGAGAGCCCAAUCUGCAUUAGACCGUUACCAUUUAUUGAAAUCAGCCGGGACACUACCACGUAGGCACACACACACACACAUACCCACGCUCACACACACACACACACACACACACACACACGCACAUACAUCCACAUGCUCAUGCAAUCACAUCGCAGGUGCAGCUCAGUCUCUGGACUGCGGGAACUUCAGUCAGCCACAUUAAUGGAAGUUGUUUUACCUCUCUCUGCCUGUGUGUUCCCUUCCCCCCCCCCUUCCAUCGGCGCCUGCUCGUCGCUGCUUGUCGUUCUGUAGUCGGAGGGGUCGCCGUGGCUAGGCUGGCGGCUAGCGGCUAGCACCGCACGGACCGAAGACUGGCCCGUCCAUCGGGAGGUAACUUGAAGGCCUUAGCUGCUUCAGUUGCGCAGAUCUGCGGCGCUGCCUGUCUGCUGUUUUGAUUGUAUGCAGCCAGGCUGCUGUGCAGAGAGUGCGGACUUUCUGUUGUGAGUUGCCUUCGUGAAGACCGGGGCCAGCCAACGCGGCGCACCGCUAGCGCCUUGCUGUAGCAUCGUAGCGCCACGCGAGCGUCGCCGCAGAAACGUUUCUGAGGAGUUUGGUGUCGUAGUGUCGUAGUUCUGCACAGAAGUGAAUGGCCAGUCAAGGUGUUCUUUUGUAUGUUAGGCCUAAUCGUACAUUGUGUCCUUUUUUCGCUUUUCUUAAAAAAGGCAGUUUGUACACUAUAAAUUAUGCGUUUUAUUUGCUAAUCCCGGCUCCAAAAAGUCACCCUCUAAAAAAUAUUUUGAUUAAUAUUUCUAUUUAACAUGGCAACACCCCCCCCCCCCCCCCCCACACAAACAACAGGCAAUUGAAAUUGCCUGUUGUUUGUGUGGUUAGACCUUCAUUUGCAGUCUGCACGUACAUCACUGGUAUCGAUAAAAAACCAGUUGGCAGUCAGCACCAGUUGAUCGCUUGGUCUCUAGCAUGACAGUCUAUGAGAUUUUCCAACACUGGCCAAGACUGGUAUUUGUCCAGUGUUGUCCGCCUUUUUUUAAAAUCAAGAGACUGUCUUGGUUCAUAGUCUUCGUACCCACUGCAUGUUCAGUGAACAGCUCACCUGUUAAAAGCUCUCUCAUCUUCUAGUGACACCCAGACAAUGUUACAAACAAAA